CGCAGGCCGGGCGAAUCAGCAACCCGGCCAGACAUGACGUAUGUUCCGGUCCGCGCGGGAGCUCAAAUGGCAGCCAUCCUUUCAUCCUCGUUUCUUCUUCCUUCCUCUCCCCUGCAAAGGGACCACACCCGACGACCCACCGGAGCUGCCACACCUCUUUUUUUUGGAGGUUCUUGUUCUUGGUCUUGGUCCUUGGUUCUUGGCCUCACACUUUCUUCGCUGCUGUUGUUGUUGCGCAACAGAGUGCCAGGCCAGGCCAGUCGAGUCCGGCCAGUCCACCUCGCUACACGGACGGUUUCACCAUCCGCUCUGCCAGCCCCUCCAUCGCCCCUCGCCUCUGCCUGACCUUUGUUUCCACUCCUUUCUUCUCUUGAAGAACAAUCGUGCUCUUCCCACUGGAAUAACACUACCACGUCUCCAUUUUUCCCAACCUCUAUUUAUAGCUUAUCCUCUCGG